GGAACAAGAGGAAAUGAAUGAAACAAUUUGCUGGUUUUGAAGUUAUUUUGUUUCUCUCUUGAAUAAUGGGUUUAAGAAUUGAAAUUUGUCUGCUGUUUAUUUCCACCCAAUUUCUCGUUGCAACAGCGCAAACGAAUACUCAGUACUUUGCUGCUUUGGAGGCUCUCAAAGAUGCCUGGACGAACAUACCACCGAAUUGGGGUGGGCCUGACCCAUGCGGCAGCAGUUGGGUUGGAAUUCAGUGCAACAAUUCACGCAUCACAUCCAUAAUAUUACCGAGCAUGGGUUUGUUUGGUCAGCUGACCGGAGACAUUGCACAGUUGUCAGCAUUACAGAUCGUGGAUCUCUCAUACAACAGUGGUUUGACAGGAUCUCUUCCUCCAUCAAUUGGAAAUUUGACGAAGUUAACAACCCUAGCCCUGGAAGGUUGCGGCUUCUAUGGUCCCAUCCCUGGCACAAUAGGAUACCUGCAGCAGCUGCGCUUUCUGUAUCUUAGUUCCAACAGCUUCACUGGGAGUAUACCUUCUUCAAUUGGUAACCUAUCAAAUCUUUUUUGGCUGGAUCUGUCUGUUAAUAACCUAUCUGGGACUAUCCCCGUCUCUAGUGGGACCACACCUGGUUUGGAUAUGCUGGUUAAUACGAAGCAUUUUCAUUUUGGAAACAAUCAGCUCUCUGGUGCAAUCCCAGCUCGUCUUUUUAAUUCAAGCAUGACGCUAAUACAUGUGCUUUUUGAAAGCAACCAGCUUAAUGGCACCAUCCCUUCAACGCUAGCACUAGUCCUGAGUCUGGAGGUGGUGCGUCUCGAUAGAAACUCGUUAACUGGAUCUGUCCCAUCAAAUUUCAGCAACCUCGUAUAUGUCAAUGUGCUGUACUUGUCAAACAAUCAACUGACGGGCCCCUUACCCAAUCUUUCAAGCAUGAAUGAUCUCUACAAUGUGGAUUUGAGCAACAACACAUUUGAUACAUCACUUUUUCCUUCAUGGUUUUCAAACUUACUGUCUUUGACAACAAUUUAUCUGAGCACGUCUAGGAAAAAUAGAUGUGGACUUCAACGAGCUCUUAGUAAGAUUUUUAGUGUGAUGGAGAACACAAGACUUAAUGGUUCACUUCCGGGUGCAAUCUUCAACCUUCCUCAGUUACAGGCUGUUUCAUUGAGUAACAACCAGCUUAAUGGCAUUUUGGAUGUUGGCACCAGCUAUGGCAACCAACUGAAACUUGUAGAUCUGCAGAACAAUUCGAUAUCUGAUUUUAUUUUUACAGAGAGAGUGGGUGCCUCUGUUGAGUUCAUACUUGUAGGAAAUCCAGCUUGCUCGGGAACAGGAGGGACAAACACAUACUGUGCCAUUCCACCGUCCAACUCAUCAUAUUCCUUCCGCUCAUACUCCUUCCCAUCUAAAAAAUGUAUCCCUCCUAAAUGCAGUUCAAAUGAAGUUUCUAGCCCCAACUGUAGAUGUGCAUAUCCAUACACAGGCACCCUAUUCUUCAAAGCUCCUUCCUUCUCAGACCUCGGAAACUCAACUAUCUAUACAGCUCUUGGGAGUUCUCUGCUGGGUUGUUUCCAGUCCAAUCAACUUCCUGUGGAUUCACUUUAUCUUAGUAAUCCGACCGAAAAUACAGAUAACUACCUUUUGAUAAGCCUAGAAUUGUUUCCAUAUGGCCAAGAUCGUUUUAAUCGAACAGGAAUUUCUGGAAUUGCAUUUGUCUUGAGCAACCAAACUUUCAAUCCUCCCAGCACUUAUGGACCCUUUUCUUUCAAAGCCGAUCCUUAUAACUACUUUGCAGGAAACAAUUUGUCAAAUCGAGGGGUGAUUACUGGAGUGGCAGUUGGUGGUUCUGUUGUUCUGCUAUUGGCUCUCCUUGCAGGAUUUUAUGCUUUCCGUCAAAAGAGACGAGCUGAAAGGGCUGAUAGAGUGAACAAUCCUUUUGCUUCUUGGAACCCGAAUACAACCAGCGGUGGUGUUCCUCUGUUACAAGAAGCUAGGUGUUUCUCAUAUGACGAGCUUAAGAAAUACACCAACAAUUUUGCAGAAGCCAACAGAAUUGGAUCCGGUGGAUACGGGAAGGUGUAUAGAGGAACUCUUAGUAAUGGGCAACUGGUUGCAAUCAAAAGGGCUAAACAAGGAUCUCUGCAGGGGGGUUUGGAAUUCAAGAUGGAGAUUGAGCUUCUAUCCAGGAUACACCAUAAGAAUGUUGUUGGCCUUAUGGGUUUCUGUUUCGAGCGAGCCGAACAAAUGUUGGUGUACGAGUACAUUGCAAAUGGUACACUCCAUGAGAGUCUUUCAGGGAAGACAGGAAUUAAUUUGGAUUGGAUGAGGCGGCUUCGAAUAGCCCUUGGAGUAGCAAGAGGCUUGCAAUAUCUCCAUGAGCUUGCCAACCCUCCAAUCAUACAUAGGGACAUCAAAUCAAGCAAUAUCUUACUGGAUGAACGCUUGAAUGCAAAAGUCUCUGAUUUUGGUCUCUCCAAGCCAAUGGGUGAUGCAGAAAAGAGCCAUAUUAGCACUCAAGUCAAGGGGACAAUGGGCUACAUGGAUCCAGAGUAUUACAUGACCCAACAGUUGACUGAGAAGAGCGACGUAUAUAGCUUUGGAGUGGUAUUGCUAGAGCUUGUAACCGCAAGACAGCCGAUUGAGAAAGGCAAAUACAUUGUAAGAGAGGUGAGGCAGAGAAUGAUAAGGGAUCAAGUCCUAUACAGUCUCGACGAGAUUCUUGACCCUGUCAUUUUGGCCCCCCCGCCGAAGGGUUUGGAGCAGUUUGUGGAUCUUGCAAUGAGGUUUGUCGAAGAAGAGGGAGCUCGGAGACCUGGAAUGGGUGCUGUGGUGAAAGAGAUUGAAAACGUUAUGCUAAUUGCUGGUCUGAACCCAAAUGAUGAUUCUUCAUCCACGUCUGCUACUCAUGAAGGGGAUGGUAAGGGGUACAACCAUCCGUACACUGAUGACAGCCUCUUUGUCUAUAGUGGGACCUUUCCACUUGCAUCAAAUUAGAGCUCGUGAGGUUUUUUGUUUUCGCUUCGAUAUCUGUGUAUUGCAUGUGUCCUGGUUCCAACCUUGUGAUGUUUCUAAGCAUAACGUGGAGUACCUAACCAUGAAUUGGCCAGAAUACUUGGCUCUUUUUCAUGUUUAUUGAGAGUUUGAACUUCUGUAACUGAGACAAAAUCAAAAUACUCAUGCAGAAUAUAGACCUUAGACUAUUUGUGAUUUUUAUGUAAAUUAAGCUACUGCUACCUAUUAUACUUAAA